AGGGGAUGCACGCGUCAGUUGUAGUACCAGGCUAGCAUAAACAACAACAACAACGUAUUUACAGACGUAAACAAGACGAACUUUGUUGCGGUGCUGUGUGAAGCUACAAGGGCUGCAACCAAUAUGGCAGCUCGACCUCAGGCUCCCGUCACACGUACAAAGAAACAGAACCACGCAAAUAUACCGUGUCCCAUUGAAAACUGCGCAAGAUUCACGUACGGUAAACUACCGGACCAUUUAACUAAAAUACACGGACUAACCGGCGCCGAGAGGGACGCACUGAACGAACAACAAAGAAAACGGUUCUUUAAUGGAGAACUAUGCCAAGUACGGUAUCUGAAGGAAUCCGCUAUAAGAGACCUAUGGGGAUCGGACUACGAAGACCCGCGCAUAAGAGCUAAAAUACACCAAAGUUUUUCGCUAGUCAAGAUACGAAUCAUACCAUUAGCAGCCACACAAAGAGCUCGGCCGCUAACUGAACAAGAUGCUAAUGUGCUUACCGCAUACAACGCGAGAACUGCUCCUCGACCAGUAAGAGUUCAAAGACAGAGAACUCGUGCAAGACCAUACACAGUACCGCAAAGAAGCGAAACAGAAUGUAGAACGUCGAGCGAAUCAAGCGAAGAAGAGAACACUGGGAAUCCCUUGCCACCAUCUCCGCCCCCCUCUUCACCUUCCUUACCGCCGUCACCAGCCCCUUACGAACUGCAACCCUUAGAAACGAGGCUACGCGACAAUAUUUUCGACUCAAAAAUUGACGCCGGCUACAAAGCUGUUAUCGAUGAUAUGAAGAAAUGCAUGACAAAUGGUAGAGCUCUUGGGGCACGGAAACGGAAAGCAUAUCGAACUUAUAGACGAUACGCAAAGAGGCUCAUCGCGUAUCUUCAUAGACAACAUUCUCCGCUAGCGUAUGAUGUGGACGUGCUCUUGUGCGGAGAAAGACAAGUGAGCGCUUUCUUGGAAAGGAUCAGCAGUGAGCACAAGACGAAGACAUUAAGAAAUUACAUCGUUGCAGCGAUAAAGCUACUGGAUUCUCGUCUUUUCGCCAUCGAAACGGAUCCCUCGUGCAAAGAAAAGGUUGUAUCUAUGACCCGGGUUUAUGAAGUGUUACAUGGCCGAUUGAAUGAAUGCGACAGACUGCUAGCCCAAAAGGACUCGGGCCAAAAGAAAUCUCUCGGCUUUGACAGUGUUGUCGAACAAAGUUUUACAGACAGUUACGAUGAUUUGGUGUAAUAAGCUUAUUUAAGAUGCAUUAGCCUCAUUUUAUCAUAACUAUGUGACCCUUUAGCUUUUCGUCCCAAAUUUAGUAGUCAUUGCUAUUUAAUAAUUUUGUACUCUUAAAAAAUGUUGUAGUGUAAGCAACUAGUCACGUUAGUAUUAAAAGCCAGUAAUUAACUAUGUAAAUACUAUGAAUAAAUUUACGUGUACGAAGCAAUACUAAUUUUUAGAUUUUAGGAGUAGGUAUUGUAUUAUUCAUUUAGUAGUUUAGUUACUAAGGUCUAGUCUUGAAAGUUACACUUUCUAUCGUUACAAUAAUGAGAUACGGAUAUCGGGCGUUUAUCGUCUCAGCAAUAAUAUUCUUAGCUUAGAUUACAUAAGUGUUUUAUUAUUAUUUUUAGUGGCUCUACAUUUUAUUCAUUAUUUAAGAAAUUAGUCGUAUUGUCUUUUUGUA